AUGGAGUCAACGGCCACUAUUGCAUUGGAUCGUUCAACUCAGCUAAAAGCUUUCGACGAGACCAAGACCGGCGUGAAAGGCCUCGUCGAGGCCGGUAUCUCAGAGAUUCCCGCCAUCUUCCAUGCACCUCCAUCUACUAUAACAACCCCAAAACCACCUUCCUCGUCGCAGUUCACUAUCCCAACGAUCGAUCUCCAAGGAGGCAGCACAGACUCAAUCUCGCGGCGGAGCUUGGUGGAGAAGAUCGGAGACGCGGCUGAGAGAUGGGGCUUCUUCCAGGUGAUCAAUCACGGUAUCCCACUCAAUGUGAUGGAUAGGAUGAAAGAAGGGGUUCGUGAGUUUCACGAGCUAGACCCGGAGGUGAGGAAAGGGUUCUACUCUCGGGAUUCAAGUAGUAGCAAUAUGCUUUACAUGAGCAACUUCGAUCUGUAUAACUCACCGGCUGCUAACUGGAGAGAUACGCUAGUUUGUUUCACGGCUCCAGAUCCUCCUAGACCUGAAGACUUGCCAGCCGCUUGUGGGUAUGAUUCGAAAUCUGCAUAA